AUGAUCAGCGCUUCAAAAUGCGUUCAAUGCACUCAGAUCAGAUCUUCUUUCUCUUCUGAAAGAAAGGAUGAUGUCCAUCAAAAUCGUUUGAAAUCAUCAUCGAAUUCGGGAAAGACGUUCCGUUUUUCCAACCGACAUGUCUUUCUUGCGAAGAAGAAGAGAAAGAACGGAAGAACUUCUUCGAACAACAACACCAAAACCGUGAUAGUUUCGGCAUCAUCGAGUAAUAAUAAUAAUAACAGUAAUCGCAAGUACAACUUCUCCGCGGGCCCGGCGAUGUUACCGUUGGACGUUCUCGAAGAAGCGCAAAAAGAUUUGGUCGAUUACAAAGGCACCGGAAUGUCCGUGUUGGAGAUGUCCCAUCGAGGGAAAGAUUUCAUGUCGAUAGCGGCGAAAGCGGAACAGGAUUUUCGCGAGUUGGUGAACGUGCCGGAGAACUAUAAAGUUAUUUUCGUGCAAGGCGGCGCGUCGACGAUGUUUGCAUCGAACGCGUUGAACUUAUGUCCGACGGGGAAGGAGAAAGCGGACUUCGUGACGACGGGCGCGUGGUCGAAGAAAGCGUUGGGGGAGGCGAAGAAGUUUUGCGACGCCGGAGAAGCGGCGACGAGUAAGGAGAGUAAUUUUUCAACCAUUCCGGAGAGAAAUACGUGGAAUUUAAGAGACGGGGCGAAGUUUGUGCACAUUUGCGAGAACGAAACCAUCGGUGGGGUGGAGUUUAAGGAAACGCCGGUUGGCUUGCCGGACGGCGCCGUUUUGGUCGCGGAUCACUCGUCGAACUAUUUGAGCAAACCGAUCGACGUGAAUAAGUACGGGAUUAUUUACGGUGGAGUGCAAAAGAACAUAGCGUGCGCGGGUAUGGGGAUUGCGAUCAUUCGCGAAGAUUUGAUUGGCAACGCGGCGCCGAACACGCCGACAAUGUUGGACUUUUCGACGCACAGCGAAAACGAGAGCAUGUACAACACGCCGCCGUGUUACACAUGGUACAUUUCCGGUUUAGUGUUCGCCAAGUUAUUGAGUGAAGGUGGUUUAAGCGCGAUGGAAAAGAGAAACCAAGAGAAGGCGAAGGUUUUGUACGACACGAUCGACGCGUCCGCUGGCUAUUACAACUGCCCGACGGAUUUGAAAUACAGAUCGAUGAUGAACGUUCCGUUUACGUUGGCGAAAGGCGGCGACGUGGAGAAGCAGUUUUUGAAAGAAGCCAGCGACGCCGGAUUUGAAAGCUUGAAAGGUCACAGAUCUGUAGGAGGUGCGCGAGCGUCUAUUUAUAACGCGAUGCCGAAAGAAGGCGUGGAAGCGUUGGCCGCUUUCAUGAAAGACUUCCAAAGCAGAAACGCUUAA